GCUCCAGCUCUAGACGCUAGUGGUUUUGCGGAGUACUGCAUUGAAGUAUUUGUGGUUAGAUUUUGAUUGUUAAGCGAUCGAGUAGCGUAGUAAUGCUUUAUAAAAUAUAGUUUAAUUGAAUAAUUUUUAUUUUUAUCUUAAUUAUAUGAAUUUUAUGCAAGAAUUUGCAGAAGCUAUUUUGGGAAAAUUAUUGCAGAUCGUAAUUAAAAGCUGAGAUUCUAAAUAUCAAGGGUAAUUCUGUUGUUUCCCUGUUCAUUUCAUGCUGGAUUAAAAGUUCAGAUUCUAAAUAUCAAGGGGCAUUUAGCUUUGUUCCAUGAAUUUUCAAGAAAUGUCAGACUAGAAGACUAAUUCUGUAUUUUUAUUGGAACUUUAGUCUUUUAUGAAAAGUGCUUAUAGUUUCCUUUUAAUCAUUUUGCAUCAAUGGCGACAAGCAAAGAGUUUUCCCCAGAUACUCGUCAGUCUUUGAAACAAAGAGAAGCGAGGUUGCAAGUAAUUGAUUCAUUUGCUAUGGAAGAUGGCAGUACAAAUUCUGUAGCCAUUGAACCACCCCUGGUCAUGCAAUCGUCCAAUCUACCCUCUGAUGAUGGGUUGGACAUUAGGCAUGGUGGAGGUGGCAUAGAGACAACUAAAGUAAAGGAUGACAUUGAGCCCCCUGAGAAAAAACAAAAGUUUGAGGAGGAGGAUUUUAAUCAUUUAUAUGACACCAGCAGAGACAGCUGUACAGAAAAUUAUAAAGCUAAUGGAAGUCCUGGGUAUAGAUCUGAUGAGCUAUUGAAGAAUGAUGGUUCACCAUAUAUGAAAACUGAAUCACAAAAUAAUGGGACUACUGGAAUGAUGGAAUUUGAUAUAUUGGAUGAAUUUGAGAGUAAUGACAAUGAUAUGGAAGAUGGGUAUUCUGAAGAGGAUUCUGACCUGUCAUUGGAUGAAAUUGAUGCCAUGCUUGAUGCUAGUUUAUUGCAUAGAAAACGUUCUACUAAAAAUGACGGUGGGGAUAAUGAUCUUGAACAUGAAGAAAAACAAAAGGUAAUUUUAAAAGUAAGGGGAAAAGAUCAUUUUGAUGUCUUACCAGAAGGCUGGAUAGAAGUCACUCAUAACAGUGGAAUGCCCAUAUAUUUGCAUAAGCAGACAAGAGUGUGCUCUGUUUCAAAACCAUAUUUUUUGGGCCCAGGUAGUACUAGGAAGCAUGAAAUUCCUGUAUCUGCUAUUCCAUGUUUACAUUAUUUGAAAGAGUUAGAAAAAGAAAAGCAGCAGACUGAGGUUCCAGAAAAUUCAGAGAAUACAGAAGAUAAAAAUGAUGUAUUUCCAUCUGCAAAAUUAGAAAGUGUAAAGGACAAUAAAGAAAGUGGUUCAUUAGAUUAUCUAGCUGUAAGAGAAUACUGCCAGAGAAGGUUUGAAUUUCAAACAAUCACAGUUAAACGCUUUAGAAGUUGGUCUGGAAGAAGAAGACAUCAGAGACAGCUAAAACAGAAACAGCGUCCAUCAUUGCCUGAUAGUACAAAGCUGAUAACAUGCCCACUGCCUUCAGCUGCUGACAAAUGUGCGACAGUUGGAAAUAAUACUAAAAGAGAGUUUAUUAUGAAUCCUAGUGGUAAAUCUCCAGUUUGCAUUCUGCAUGAAUACGUACAACAUACUUUGAGAGUUCAGCCAAGAUAUAUUUUUAAAGAAUUAGAGAGUGCAAAUAUGCCUUAUGGUGCUAUUGUCAUGAUAAAUGACAUGGAGUAUGGCUCUGGAUAUGGAAGUAGCAAGAAACAAGCUAAGUCAGAAGCAGCAAAAGCAGCACUUGAAAUAUUAAUUCCAAAAAUGAAGAUGUUCCCUCCUGAGGGGCAGAGUGGAGAAGAACUUCAGGAUGUUGAGUUCUUUGAUCAAGUACGAGUUGAAGAUCCACGUGUUUGUGAACUUUCUGUGAAAGCUGGACAACCGUAUCCUUACCAAAUAUUACUAGAAUGUUUAAAAAGGAAUUAUGGUAUGGGCGAUACUGAAAUUUAUUUUACAAUGCGGAACUUAAAGCAUCAGAAAAAUGAAUUUUUAAUGAAAGCAGGGAAACAUCAAGUUUCUGUAGUAUGUAAAAAUAAAAGAGAUGGAAAACACAGAGCUUCACAAGCUAUUCUUCAGCUAUUACAUCCUCAUAUUAAUUCUUGGGGUUCUUUAUUGCGAAUGUAUGGAAAAGGAUCCUGUAAAACAUUAAAAGAAAAAAAAGAAGAAGAACAAAGAAUAACAGAAUUACAAAGUAAAGCAUGUGCAAAUAAACCUAAUGUAUCAAUUCUUAACAAGUUAAAAGAAGAAAUGUUGAAAUAUCGAGAAAAAAUGAAAUCGAAGAAACCAAUUGGGAAGCUGAUUCCUGAGCAAAUGGAUUUCUUAUCAACAUCAGAUUCAAAUUUAAAAAAUGUUGAACUAUAAGUUUUAACUAUAUGCAACUUGUGAGAACUAUGUAUGUGGUUUUGUUCAAAGAAUAUAACAUAUGAGUUAUGUCAAGCAAUUUGAGACUGUAAAUUAUAACUGCUAUUACAUUCCUAUAAUUAUUUAUUUGACUGUUUAAUCAUUUUUAACUCUGAUUUUGUUAUUUAAAACUAUGAAAUAGCUACUUAACUUUUAAAGAGAAAAAUUAAUUAUAAAAUUACAGAAACUUCAGACUAACUGGAAUUUAUGAAUAUCUGUUUUCUCAAAUACCUAUGUAAGAAUGGUAGUGUAACUAACAUUCUUACAUAGGUAUGAAGACAUUCCUUGAAUAUAACUUGCUUAUAGCACAAAAUUAGCAAAAGAACAUAAAAUUUAGAAUAUUUAAUUAAAUAUUAAUAUGUUUAGAAUUAGUUAUAUUAUAUUAGUUCAGUAACCUGAAUUAUGCAUCAAAAAGUGAAUUUAUAUCAGUUUAGAGUUUCCUUAAAGUAGCACUGUCACCCUGCAUGGAAACCUUCCUGAAAUUCUGUUUUUUAUAUUUCAAAGUUGGCAGCUGUGUGAAAACUCUGUGAAGUCAUGCUACUGCUCUAAGUCAGUAGUACUGUGUGAAAUGACCUAUUUUACCAUUUGGUAAAGUGCCCCAUAUGCUUAUUUUUGUUCUGUUCUGUCCAGUGAAUAAAAUCCGAAUAUUUUGCAUUUAUGGAUUCAAACUGCAUAAAGUAAAUAAAUACUUUUAAUAUGUAUUUGUAUCUAUACAGAGAGAGAGAGAGACGAAGACAAAAUGAUUUUUUUCCCAUUGAAACAUUGUUCCCUUUUGAAAUAAUUCUUUCUACUUGGAAACAAAAGCACUUAUACUGAAAAUUAGCCAUAUUUCAAAUUUGAAAGAACUAUGUUUAAAAUUUAACCCUCUGACUGACCAAGCCAUACAUAUAGAGAACUAGAAUAUUUUUGUAAUGUCUUUAAAGAAAUAUAUUUACGUACAUCUUGAAGUAUGCUUAAGGAUUUAAGGCAAUAUACUAAGAGUAAAUAAAUAAAGAGGUAUAGGCCACAGGCAUUUUGGCAUUAAAAUAAAAAAAAUUAUAAAAAAAAAAAAAACUCAAGAAGUCAUUUUGGGAAAAAUUGAGGUUUCAGAACAAAACCCUUAGUCAGUUAAGAGGGUUAAAAAAAUUACUUGAUUUUUACAAUUAAUGAGCUAUAGAACAAAAAUCAAGUAAAUGUUAAUUUUUUCUAAAAUUUCAGGAACAUGAACUGCUUUAUUUUUAUUUGGUAAUAGCAAAUGUAAUUGAAUUUUAUUAACUAAUAAAUAGUAAAUUCUAUUUGAAUUCCAUGCUUGAUUCAACACUGAAAUUUCCUUGUAUUUGUGUUUGCAGUUGUGAAUAAAGAUGUCAAAUAACUGAA